AUGUGGAUGGUGUCGCCGCCGGUCGGUGCCUUCCAGCACACCAAGAAGCUGGUGCUGAGCGAGCAGGCGAGCCGGGCGCGGGCUCUGGAGUUUGUCCGCAAGAAUGCGGCCAACGCGCUCUCCACGGCCAACCUGAUCAUGGGGCUCUCCUCCGUGCUCUGCAGCRUGAACGGGCACUACGACUACUCGUGCUGGCUGCUCCUCGUGGGCUUCCUGCUCGACCUGGCCGACGGCGCCGUGGCGCGGCAGCUCGACGCCUGCUCGGCGCUGGGCGCCAAGCUGGACGACUUCGCCGACUUCACCUCCUUCGGGCUGGCCACGGCGCUGCUGCUGCGCACGCGCGGGCUGCUCGACGGGCUGCUCGCCGUGGCCUACGUGCUCGCCGUGCUCGCGCGCCUUUGCUUCUUCUCCAGCGGGAUCCCCUUCACGUACCGCGGGCUGCCGUGCCCGUACGCCUCGGCGCUGCUGGCGGGGACCUCGCUGCUCACGGGCGGCCACGUCACGCUGCUGCGCGUCGCCGCCGCCGUCAUGAUCCUCUUCAUGGUGGACCAGGGCUUCUACCCGCACGACAAGGUGCUGGAGUCGCAGCUCUGGAAGAAGCUGGUCUACGCCGGAGGCGUCGCCGCCGUCCUCUUCUCGCCCGCCGCCGUCCUCUCCCUCUACUAUCUCGCCUGGUCGACCUCCUACAUCUUCUUCCCGUUCGCCCUGUGGAGCUGCAAGGUCUAAGCAGCGGCGGCCGCCGGCCCGGCUGCC